AUGGGUAGGGCGUCACGAAUCCUUAGAGAAGAUGGGGAUCGCGAAGAGCGAGGGGAUGAAGAUGAAAACCUUCACGUCACCACAAUAAAAGAGGCAAUCCCUCAUCGUGACACCAAGUUUCCCAUAUAUUAUCCGCGCAAUUCCCUAGCUGGCCUGAACCCAGGCAGUUUCCGUUCCUUUCAAUCCACCACGUUCCUCAAUGUGCCCGGGUCACUAGCAAUCGACACUCAAACCUCACAAUCCGAUGAUCACUUCAACAAAAAGCGGUCAAAUCCCUUACUCGACAAACAAUGCGCAACACUAACCCAAGACGCGGCGGAUCGCCCAGUCGGAGAGAAAAGGCUUGGAAAGACCCCAAGCAUCAGAGUGAAACCGAAGCCCGCCCAAUAUCUUUCCAAAGCUUUGCGAAACACUGGCCACGCCCUUGGAUACGAUAGCCAGUCAGCCUGGCUUGACCGGGCCUACUCCAAAUAUGCACACCAAACACAGAACGAGUCGAGGACAGUUGGCCGACCAAAAAAGCCGUCACUGCCGGUUAUUCUUGGAGAGUACAUACGAGAGGUGGACCCGUUGCUUUCGUCUGCGCCGGAUAACCGUGCGGAUAAGUGCUUGGAUAUCGCUCUUCAGAAAGUAUUCAGAAGCACAAGUCAUGACUACUUAUCAUCGCGUGGCUACGAUUCCGCCGAUGUGGCUGCUUGGGCCUGGAUCAUGAAGAGCCAGAACCCCCACCAGGCAAUGGUACGGCUAUUCUUGUUCGAAACUGACAGAGCCAAGUCUCGCGCUGCUAGUCCAAGCAUCCCACCUUUUAUCCCGCUGCAUCUUUUGAGACAGCAAAACCUUAAUGCCCACACUUUUCGUUUGCUCUUAAUCCACUCUUUGCACCUCAUGAGCGGACAUACCUUCCCUGUCACUGAAACUCUGACCGGGGUUGCCGAACAUGAUCUUGAGCUAUCCCCCGAGGACUUCCGCCCUCAAAUCGAUUCGGGCACCUGCAUGAUUUUGGUAGUUCGUUUAAUCCGUCAUGCUCGAUGCGUGUGGCCACAAUCACUUCUCACUAUUGCACGUGCAUUCGCUCGUUUCCUCUCAGCUCCAAGGGUGAAUGAUGCCGAGAGGUCAGUUUUGGUGACUAGACGUGAUGAUCGCGUCAAAACUGACAAGUUUAAUCAAUGUCUCUGGUUACUCUCUAUACCGGCCAGCAUUGCUCCUUACCGCUCCACAUCUAUCCAACAGCAAGCGCAAUUUGAACUUCUUCGAGCCAUGGCCAUCCACAAGCCCGUCCUUCCCGUCACAAGACAAGGAUAUCGAGCAGUUGUUGCAGUCCAGCUCGCCCAUAAGAAAACGUUUGAAGAGCGCCAGUCUGCUGAACUAAAAGCCCCAUCAUGGCCUCCGUGGAAGGAAGAGAAACUGGGAAUCGAUUCUCAGCGCGGGAAUGAAGGGAUGUUCAGUCGUGCGAUGCAGGUACUCUCACAAAUGAAAGAUGCUGGCUACUCUCAUCGUCUUUGGGAGGAUAUAUCCUCGAUUUUGGCGGGUUGGGACACAGAUCACAGCCCGACGGUGCAGACAAGGGCUUUGAUGCGUCGCCCACAAGCUUUACCAGACAGACAUGGACCCAAGUCCAAUCAUCACGAAAUAUGGGUUGCUCGAAUUCGGUCUACAAGGACUGUCCGCGAGGCCUGGGCGUGCUUUCUCUCCUAUCAGGACCAUGGUCUGCCCCCCAAGGGCGCCGUCUACGCUGCCAUGGCUGAAAAGUUAAUAUACAGACGAUACGCCAUAGAACGCGACUUUGACCAAAUGAGUCAUGCUCUGCCAGGCGAUGGCCGCGAAGUUCAUCCCGAACCGGCUUCUGCCCGUGACAUUAUCUAUGUGCCCACGGAACCACCUACCGUUGAUGAGUUACUUGAUCAGAUGCGCGCACAGGGGCUUCGGCCUUCUGGGAGAUUCCUCGGCCUACUUCUUCAAUCUGCUACUUCUCUGCGUUCCGGAUUGCAUUAUCUCCAAUGCAGUGGCCUGACAAGUGCUCAAAUCGAGGCGCUCUCCAUUGUGCGGGCCAAACCUAGCAAAUACCACACCUUGGAUCUUGAAGCUUUUCAUGAAUUGCCGGAUUUGGUAUUCGCAUCGUUCGUCAAGUUUCUAUGCGCACAUUCAAAUAUUGCUAGUCUGGAUGUCGGCAAUCGGAAUAUACUCACACCCGACCGUUUCCCGGGCUUGAUAGCUGCUGACGGCUCGUCUGGGGCGGAAAUUGACCUUGUCGCAUAUUCCGAAGAGCAUCCAGGAAACCAGCAUCACCCGAGGGCUUUAUGGCACGCGAUCCAAUUGACCAAACUGCGACGUGCUCCUUACACCCCGACCUGGACUCACAUUUUAUCUGCCCUGACCCGUGAGCGCCUUACUGGGUAUUAUGGCUCAAGAAGCCGAAGUCUUCAGCGCAUACUGGCCUGGCAUCAGGCUCUCAGAGCAUUGAGCUGGAUGCGACAGCGUGAUGUCGAACUGGGCGAGGAAGGAUUCCGCAUUUUAUGCGUGGCGUUUACGAAAGCCAUUGAUGCUGCUCUCAGACACCCUGGCACUGCCGAACAAAGCUUUAUGCUGAUUCAUAAAGCUCGUAUUCGUCGUCUUAAGGCCAAAAACGAAGGUGAUGACGAUGUUGACACUUUGGUGCAGCACGCCCUGCAGGUUUUGAAGCAUCAGUUUGAUCAUCUUGUUCUCCCAGCCUCCAAGACCUCGGAGCAUGCGGAGCGAAGUGUCUUUGCAACAGAAAUCACUUCCGGAACACAACUUAAUGUCCCCUCGAUGCUACAGAUACCAUCACCUGCCACGCUACAUGCCUUUGUUCGGGCUCUGGGAUCUGUAGGAGAUGACGAAAGGGUUGUUGCAUCUGCUGCACUGGAUGAGUCGGUCAGCCGAUCUAUUGAAAGAAGCUGCAGACGAACACGCAAACGGAGACAAAAUGAUGCGUCGAACCCUUGUGGCGAUCAGGGUGUUUUUGGAAAGACGACAGCAACGGAUUGA